AUGGUGAACCGAGGACGCUCCAAAGGCUGUGUGACGUGCAAACAACGACGUGUCAAAUGCGACGAGGCGAAACCUGAAUGCUGGCAUUGCCGGCGCCUUGGACUCCACUGCGAAGGCUACCAAACGAAGUAUACCAACCUAAAGUUCAGAGACCAGACCCACAAGUUCUUCACUUCAGCUGAUCAGGACCGGGCUUGUGUGCCUAGCCCACAACCACUGGCCGAGCCCGAUACCUCCGUGCCCUUCUUCCUCAAGUAUUACGUCGGCAUGGGCCGCAAUCUGGAAUCUGCGCGGGGACUCUUCGAGAUACUGAUUCCCGUCUACUGCUCCGAGCGGCAGGGCUCGCCGCUCUCGCUUGCCAUAUCCGCGGUCGCUUCAGGGAUACUAUCUCUGUGGAGGCGUAGCGUUAGGGGCUUCCAAUUGUCACGGAAGGCUUACACCGAGGCCAUCGCGUGUAUGCGCAAUGCAGUAAACGACCGCGUACAGCGGAGGAAUCCAGCAACCGUGCUGGCGGCGCUGGUGCUGCAGCAUUACGAGAGCGUUGCCGCUGUAUACGACCUUCGCUCUCCCUCGCGGGUCCACCACAACGGCGCAGUGUCUUUGCUCCAGUUUGCGGAAGCGGACCGUAUGAAUGGGACGAACGGCGCAUACAUUCGGAGAUUCAUGCUUCAUACCGAGGUUUCGUCGGCGAUGCGCCAGAAAAGGCCCGUGCAGAGCAUCGCAUACUCGUGGGUUGGAGGCAAACGCUUGAUGGCUGCGCCCGAGAACCCAAGCUCAGUCCUUGAUGUUAUUGGAGUAUCUGUCGCCGAAUUUCAGGCCAAUUAUAUACGCCUAGUCAAUCAAGAUGGCACCAUGCUUUUGUCAUGGCAAGUUCUAGAAGAUUGGAGAGCAGAGGCGAAGCGCAUCGACAGAGAGCUUCUUGAUUGGGCACAAAACGUGCCGGACCAUUGGCAGCCGCGAAAUCUCACACCUGGUCAAGAUAUCGAUGAAUCUAUUCCUACCUACCGGUCUGUCUGUGAGGUCUACCCUUCUUGCCAGAUUGCCAACAUUUGGAAUCUAUGGCGUUUCCAACGCCUCUUACUCCUCAAGAUUACUGUCGACUGCCUCCAGAAGACCAUACACAUGUUUCAAGUUGAGCUUACAAAAGAGCAAGCCUCAGCUGUAGUUGACAACAUAUGCGAGUGCCAAGAGACUCUCCAAAGGCUGGUGGAUUCUGUGUGCUACAGCGUCCCCUUUUUCCUUGGCAAUCGAACCAGACAGUCAACCAUCACAGACUUUACCGACUCGGAGAUUUUGAUCCCAAGUUAUCCCUUACAAGCACCGGAGGGUAAAAAGAGCUUGAAUACGAAGGACCACGAUGCCGGAAGAUGCAGAGACGACCACAGGUACCCUAUUAUCGCCCAAGGUCCUUGGCACAUAAUGAGUCCGCUGAGCCACUUAUUGACCCUCUUCUCGGAAGGCAACGGCCAGUUACUAGCAAGCUUUCUCAGGCCUGGGCAGCAGGCGUGGAUACGAGCACAAUUUCAGCGUGUAACCACCUUGCUUCAUCUCUCGCCAAAAGACCAUGGCGAGGACCAGCAGGCCUUGUUCGACGCAUCGGCUGGAAAUAUCAACACCGACAAUCUUGCGAGAGGGGUUCGGAAAGGCUUAAUAUUUAUGAGUGGCCCCUAA